UUAAUCUUGAAUGCACUCUCCCCUUCAUGUUUUCAAGCAACAUAACAUAAUCGGAUCCGCUUCAGAAUAAAAAAAUCAUGACACAAGUGACUAAUAAAAAUUGUUAAAUAAGAACUACAAAAGCAAAAUACUACAACGGAAAUUGAUGUUUUUCUUCCGGGUAAAUAAACUCGUCACAAACUUCUCCUUUCAAGAUGGCAGCAGCUAUGGAUGUAGAUACGCCAAGCGGCACAAACAGUGGAGCCAGCAAAAAGCGAUUUGAAGUAAAGAAGUGGAAUGCUGUGGCACUGUGGGCCUGGGACAUUGUGGUGGAUAACUGUGCCAUCUGUCGGAACCACAUCAUGGAUCUCUGUAUAGAGUGCCAGGCCAACCAAGCUUCUGCAACCUCUGAGGAGUGCACUGUAGCCUGGGGUGUCUGCAACCAUGCCUUCCAUUUCCACUGUAUUUCCCGCUGGCUGAAAACCAGACAGGUUUGCCCUCUGGACAACAGGGAGUGGGAGUUUCAGAAAUACGGACACUAGCUGUAUUACUGCCGACUUCUUUUCUUGGCUUCUACAAGUGACACCCUCACUGCUUCUCUGUUCCCUUCCGCUUGUAAGCCUAGUUGUUAUUUUACACCCAUGUCUUUGUUUUGGUAUGUUGUAAGUACACAAAUAAACAUUAAUGUUGUCACAAA